CUUCUUUUUAAAUUUCUCAGGGCCGGACGUCAUUUCGACAUCCAUACAGCCCGAUAUAAGUAUAUACAAAAAACAUAAAUUGUUUUUCCGAUUGUUUUGUGUUUUCUUGAGAAAUAAAUUUUGCAAAAUGCCAUAUGCCAAUCAACCUUCAGUACAGAUAACAGAAUUGGGGGAUGAGAAUGUGAAAUUCGUGGUUGAGGAUACGGAUUUGAGUGUUGCAAACAGUCUUCGGAGAGUUUUCAUCGCUGAAACACCAACUUUGGCAAUAGAUUGGGUACAACUAGAAGCAAAUUCAACUGUUCUAUCAGAUGAGUUCCUUGCACAUCGUAUUGGUCUCAUCCCAUUAAUUUCUGACGAUGUUGUUGAACGAAUGCAGUAUACCCGGGAUUGUUCAUGUCUGGAUUUUUGCACAGACUGUAGUGUUGAAUUUACUCUGGAUGUCAAAUGUAAUGAUGAGCAAACUCGGCAUGUAACAACAGCGGAUCUUAAGUCCAGUGACCCUCGUGUGUUGCCAGCAACUUCCCGGAAUCGCGAUGAUGAUGAUAACGAAUAUGGAGAGAGUACAGAUGAAAUUCUCAUCAUAAAGUUACGCAAAGGUCAGGAAUUGAAACUCAGAGCAUACGCCAAAAAGGGAUUCGGGAAGGAACAUGCCAAGUGGAAUCCCACAGCCGGUGUUUGCUUUGAAUAUGAUCCUGAUAAUACCAUGAAGCAUACAUUGUACCCUAAACCAGAUGAAUGGCCUAAAAGCGAACAUACAGAACUUGAUGAUGAUCAAUAUGAAGCUGAAUUCAACUGGGAAGCAAAACCCAAUAAAUUCUUUUUCAAUGUUGAAUCUUCUGGUGCACUCAAGCCAGAGAAUAUUGUAAUGAUGGGUGUGCAGCAAUUGAAGAAUAAGCUGUCGAAUCUUCAGACACAGCUGAGUCACGAAAUUGAGAACGAUACACUUGCUUUUUAAUAUUUUGGUCGUAUAUUUGCAAAUGCAUAAAAUAAAGGAAUAGAAAAAAAAACAAUAAA